AUGAAGAACCAGUUCAUAGAUGCCUAUGUGUGGAAUCAGUGGCUUGGUGGUCCAAAAGACUAUUCUAUCAAAGAGGGCUACAAGUGGUUGACUGGUGAUCAGGAAAAAGUGACAUUGUAUCAUUGGGUGUGGAACAAAGCAAAUAUUCCCAAGCGCUCUUUCAUCUCUUGGCUAGCUGCCUUGGGAAAACUCAGAAUUAAAGAUAAAUUAUAUCAAGCUGGAGUAAGUAAUACGAAAGCUUGUCCGUUCUGUACAAAUGGAGAGGAUUCUUGCAGCGACAAAUAUUUUAAAUGCCCUUACAACACGCAAGUUUUUCAGGAAUAUCAAGCAAUGGUUGCAGAUUCACCAUUAUCAGCAUGA